AGACCCAAAAUUGAGCUGUUAUGCUUUCUCUAUUUUUGCUGCAUCAUCAGAGAUUCUCUCCACCCCAUUCAAGUCAAAGAAGAAAGAGCAAGGGAAUUUUAAUUGUUUUGAAAAAAAGGAAAAGUGAGUAUGAAAUGGGAUGGCAUAUAUUCCCCCAACAUAACCCCACUCAUGUUUCCUGAUAUGGAGUGAGAUCAUAAAGAGAAGUAUAGCUUCUAUAUAUUGGUGCACGGAUAAUAGGAUCAACAUAACAUAUUCAUGUUCCAAUCCUUUACCAGUAACUCAUCCAAAUAAAGCAAGCAAAUGGGUCUGCAAAAUCAAAGUGUGCAUUUUGUUCUGUCCACUGAUGCCAAACCAAGGCUAAAAUGGACUCCUGAGCUUCACCAACGAUUCAUCGAGGCGACUAAUCAGCUCGGAGGUGCAGAAAAGGCAACUCCAAAGAAUCUUAUGAGGGUGAUGGGGAUUCCAGGACUUACUUUGUACCACCUCAAGAGCCAUUUACAGAAGUAUAGGCUAGGGAAAAGCCAAGUACUAGAAACCUGCUCUGACAGCAAACAAGAAGAUGAUUAUGACACAGAAACCAAGAGCAGUGAUGAUCAUUGCAGCAGGGAAAUCAGUUUUGGGGCCCAGAAUCAAAAUACUGAGAACUUGCAGAUAGCUGAGGCUCUCCAAAUGCAAAUGGAAGUACAGAGAAAGCUUUAUGAACAAAUUGAGGUACAGAAACAUUUGCAGCUUCGAAUCGAAGCUCAAGGGAAAUAUUUACAAUCAGUGCUAAAGAAGGCACAGGAAGCACUUUCAGGCUACAACAAUACUUCCCCAGUUGGUAUAGAACUCACAAAAUCUGAACUUUCUCAACUAGUUACCAUGAUCAACCAUGCUUGCCCAAAUUCUCCCACCUCAGAACUCACAGAAACAAGAGGGUUGAGCUUAAACUGUGGGCAGAGGAAAAGAGACAGAGGAACCAUGUGUUCAUUGGAAAGUUCUUUGACAUCUUCUGAAAGCUCUGGAAGGAGAGAAGAGAAACAACCAAUGGAAGAAGAAAUAGGGGACUUCAAAAAUUCCAAUACUAUUCCACUUGAAUUGACACUAUUAACCGUUCACCAUGAAGAUAAAGCAUCCAAUGGAGAUUCAAGUAGUGAAGCUAAUGGGAGAAAAAGAAGUGCAGCUACUAAAUUUGAUGGUAGCAGUGCUGAGCAACCACCUGGGAAAAGAUGUAGCAGGAAACCCAAGUUGUCAGAAAUGCUUGACUUGAACAGCCAAUGUGAGAGUGACAUGGACUCAACAAGUUCAAAAACAGCAUUAGACUUAAAUUGCAGCCCAAACUUUUCGGAACCAUGAAGAUAGUUUAUACUUUUCUAUGGUUAUGUGAAACGUAUGCAGCAAAAUCAUUAUCAUAAAGGAAAUAUGUUUAUAUAGUAUGUAUAUAUUAUCAUAAUGAAAAGGAACAACAAUUGACUGUAUAAUAUAAUGCAACCUUGUCAAGAAAAAGUUCUAAUACACAUGAUCAUAUGGUUGGU